AUGGUUAAAGUUAAUAGCCCUAAUAAAAAGCAGAGCCCAUAAAAGCAUGAAUAAGAAAAACAGAUUUUAAUUGACUAAGGAAAUCACUAGAAAGAAGAAGGCAAUUUGUUAGAACCAUUGAAAUAGGAGGAUUCAAAAGAUUCGCCUGAUAAAAAUGACAAAAAACUAUAUCUAAAUCUAUCUAGUCUGAAUGAAAUUAAUAGCUAAAAUGAAGGGGAUUUUGAUAAUAAUAUUUAAGGUAGAAAUAAUAGCAAUAGCAGCUCAUAGUUUUACUUCAAUGGAUAAAAACCUUCAUAUAAUCAAUACAAUAAUAACUACUUUUCACUUGAUUAGUAAACAAAAAAUGAACUUAACAAUGCAGAGCGUAAACUCGCCAAACGCUCUUUUGACUAAAUCUGGAAAAAGAAUGAGAAAUAUACAAAGGAGCAAUAUAAAUUUGAGUACGUUCUUUAGAAGUUACUUGAUUAGCUCGAACUAGAAAUAUAUAUGAAAGCAGGAGAAAAAAUAAAUUAAAAGUACAGAGACAAUGUAGAUAAAGUCAAGAAAAACUUGAAUCUAUUAUUAAAAUUUCCUGAAGUUUCGAGUUUAUUUUUACUAGAAAAGGUGAGUAUUUCCAAGCUCAGAGUAAAAACUGAAAAAUUCAGGAAAACUUGUAUAACACUAGAGAGAAAGAAAAGGGAAAACAUGAAAAAGGCAGAACUUGGUACUUAGGAUUCAGACCAAACAUAUGAAAGCCUCAACGGGUCUGCUAAUUUUUCGGAUAUAGAAGAGAAUGCUGAGGAUAUGACUGAUUUAGUUAUGAGCUACUAAAAUAAAUCUGGACAUUAAUUCCUCUGCCCAUAUAACCCAACAGAGGAAUACAAAUUGUGGAAAAGGUAUUAAGUCAAGCCAAAACCAAUAUUUUACGAUCCUGCAGAAGGAGAGACUCCUCCUGAGAAAAAUACAGCUCCGAGAGGGUCAAUCUUAUAGGUAUGGGAGGGAAAAAUUAAGUUCUCAAGGAUAUUAGAUCCAAUCAAAGGCCAAUUACAAUCUUCAAAGGAUAUUAAAAUGUUUCAAUGCCUCUAGAAAUGGCAGUAAACUUUCAAUAUCAGCGGCAAAGCUUCUUCAAUUGAAGUAAUGAAAUACUUUCUGAGCAAUUCUAAGCCACAGUAUUUUAUAAGUGGAGUUAUAAAGUAUGAUGAAGAGGACUUGGAAUAGGUCACUCUCUAUAAUGAGUUAUAUAAUUCAAUGAAAUAAGAUGAUAAAUUUAGUGUGAUUAAGCCCUAUUAAGAUAACUCACUUACUCUCUAUUUAUUUCCUUAUCUACCUGAAAAUGAGAAGCAUUUUUAGGUUGUUAGGCAUUUGGGCAUAAGUGAAGAAUUAUUUGAUGAUUCUAAGCUUUAGAUUAUGUUCGCUGGAUUUAUUAAGUAAAAGAUGAGUUUAAGCAGAAAUUUUAUCAACCCGAUAGUAAUAAAAGUAAAAAAUUAUAUAUAAACAGCAGACUCUAUUGAGCAGAUUAAGAAGAAGCAAUAGUAGAAAAAACAUUAGAAGUCAAAUAAAGAUAGUAAUAAUCCUCUUGAUAUGAAUAAUUUUUCCCCUAUUUCAACGGAUUAAUCAGAUAAUGAAGUACAGGAAACAAAAACUAGCAGUAUUAAAAAACAAGAUAACAGUACGAUAGAGGAAAAAUCACAAAUUAAUACAAUCGAUAAUGACCCUGAUGUUAAAGAGAUGAGAGAUCUUCUGCAGAUAGCUGAUUAAGGGCAUUAUUCACCAGAGCAAUUAUUAAAGGUAAUUUAGGAUAAACUCAAGUAAACUAAUAUGAUUGAGAGAGUAAAUACGUAUGAUGAAGUUAAGAAGCAGACAUUGUAAGAUAUCUUAUAAAAGCUUAUCAACUACACAUAACCUAAGCCUUAAUAGUUACCAAUUUAAGGGUCAUCAGCUCAAAGUCAGAACAAUAUUUCUGAAAGUUAAAAAGCUUAAAUGAUGUAUUCAAACUAAAAUGGUCAGUAAAUGCAGUUGCAAUAAUCUGUAUCCUAUCAAUAGCAGAUCUAGCUACCCUAGUAUAAUAGAGUUUAAGCAUAUUAUAAUGCAGUACCAGCUUUAAGACCUCCUCCAGCAGCAUUAGGUCAGUCUAUUUUACUAAAUUAGAAUCAAAGUUACUAAAUAAUGAAUCCACAGUAGUACAAUAUUCAGGGUUAUUAAAAUCAAUAAUUAGCAGUUCAAUAACAAAUUCAACUACAAUAAUAAAGCAUGCAAUAAUUCUAGAAUUAGCAGUUCAUGAUGAAUUAGCAAUAGAUGAUGCCGAUGAUUAGACCCCCGCCGAUUGGCUUAAGUCCAAAUUUACCUCACAGUUCAGCAAAUAAUUUACUUCAAUAGCAGAGGAGUGCUAUGAUGCAUAGUUCAUAUAGUUACAAUACCUAGAAUCAUAAGUGA